AUGGACCUUAUCCGCGCUGCGCUCGGCCAAGACCUCAUGCACUACUACGGUGUCUCAUAUGGCUCGUUUCUCGGCAUCACGUACGCCAACAUGUUUCCAAGCCGCGUCGGUCGCUUCGUCAUUGACGCUGUGCUCGACCCGGAGCUGUACACGGGUCCCGCGCCCGGUCUCAUGGCCGGCUCCUUUCGCGACACGGACAAGAUCUUUGCGGGGUUUGCGGCCGACUGCGAGGCCGCUGGUCCGCGUCUCUGUGCGCUCGCCGACAGCAACUCACCGCGGCCGUACCUCCUGUCGCGCUUGCAAGCCUUCUUGGCCAACGUGACGGCAUCACCGCUUUUGGUGCCCGGCGGCGACGACGUGGUGCGGCUCACCGACACGGCUGUGCGCAAUCUCAUUGUGCCACACCUCUACUCGGCCAUGCGCUGGCCGCAGCUCGCGCUCGAGUUCAAAGCGUUGAUGGACGGCACGUACGCGGCCCCUCCGAAAAAUGCCUCGUGCGACGACUUGGAUGCGGAUGUCGGCGUGGGCAUGGCGUACCAAGCCUACAUUGGCAACGACGGCGAUUUCGACGCCAACGCCAACGCCAACUGGACGAGUGCGCUGCGAGCUGUGCAGAACGCGACGCGGGUGCUCUUUGACCCCGAGAUGAACAACAUCAUGGCCGUCAAAUUUUGGAAGACGCGGGCGGUCGAACGCUACGAUGGUCCGUGGGGCCGAGCGUACGCCAACAAGGUCGUCAUCCUCAACAACGAGCUCGACCCGGUGUGCCCGCUCCACUCGGCCCAGCACGUCCGCGACCUCAUGGGUCCUACACACUCGGUGCUCGUCACGCGCGACGGGUACGGCCAUGGCGCGGCCGUGAGCCAGCCCAGCGCCUGUUUGCACAACCUUCUCAUCGACCUCUACUCGCACGGCGCGUACCCUACGAAUGACACGCGUUGCGGUGUGGACCACGGGCCGUUCGAUGCACCGACGCUGCCAACGACGAUGCUUGAUGCCAUGAUGCGCCUUGCGACCAUGCGGAUCAAAAAGUAAUUGUGUCUAGUGUCAUACA